UCUCUCACUUCCGCGUACAGUUCAUAAGAUAUCAGACAGCUCUUAGUUUUUCAUUAUGGCUUCGACAUUUUUGACGGAAGAUCCUGCUUACAAAAAUCUCCAGGCAUGCUACGACCGAAUUGGAAGCAAAAUGAGCCUUAAUGAGCUGAUGAAUUCCGACCCGAAACGAUUUGAAAAAUACAGUCGAUGUAUUCAAACGCCGGAAGGAGACUUUCUCCUUGAUUUUUCCAAAAACCUUGUGAAUGAUGAAGUCUUUGGUCUCCUAUUAAAGCUGGCUGAAGCCAGAGACUUACAGGGAGCUCGAGAUCGCAUGUUUACAGGAGAGAAGAUUAACUUCACUGAGGACAGGGCUGUGCUUCAUGUUGCCCUACGUAACCGUUCUAACACCCCUAUCAUGGUCAACGGCAAGGAUGUAAUGACGGAUGUUAAUGAAGUUCUUGGCCGUGUAAGGAGUUUUACAGAGUCUGUUCGUAGUGGUGCAUGGAAAGGAUACUCAGGAAAGGCUAUUACAGAUGCUGUCAACAUUGGUAUCGGAGGGUCAGAUCUUGGUCCAGUGAUGGUGACGGAGGCAUUGAAACCAUUCGCAGGACCACUCAAGGUUCAUUUUGUGUCCAACAUUGAUGGAACCCAUCUUGCUGAGGUCUUGAAGAAGGUCAAUCCUGAGACUACAAUCUUUAUUGUAGCAUCAAAGACAUUUACCACCCAGGAGACGAUCACCAAUGCUACCUCUGCAAAGAACUGGUUCUUGGAAACUGCCAAGGACCCUGCACACGUUGCCAAGCACUUUGUAGCUCUCUCCACCAACGCUGAAAAGGUAUCAGCUUUUGGUAUUGACAAGAACAACAUGUUUGGAUUCUGGGAUUGGGUUGGUGGACGCUAUUCUCUGUGGUCAGCCAUUGGGACCACUAUCGCCCUUUACGUCGGCAUGGAUAACUUUGUGAAGCUUCUAGAGGGCGCUCACUUCGUGGACAAUCACUUCCGCACCGCUCCGUUGGACCAGAACAUCCCCGUCAUCAUGGGUCUGCUGGGAGUCUGGUACUCCAACUUCUUUGGUGCGGAGACUCAUGCCCUUCUCCCAUAUGAUCAAUACUUGCAUCGCUUUGCAGCCUACUUCCAGCAAGGUGACAUGGAAUCCAAUGGGAAGUAUGUUACCCGCGACGGACGACGUGUGGAAUAUAAAACUGGUCCCAUCGUAUGGGGAGAACCAGGAACUAAUGGCCAGCAUGCUUUCUAUCAACUCAUUCAUCAAGGUACUCGUCUGAUCCCAGCUGAUUUUAUUGCUCCUGUGGAGACCCAUAAUCCCAUCCAAGCAGGCUUACAUCACGAGAUCCUCUUGGCUAACUUCUUAGCUCAGACCGAGGCUCUGAUGAAAGGCAAGACUAAAGAAGAAGCACAGAAAGAACUAGAGGCUUCUGGGAUGUCCGCUGAAAAUAUCAAACUCAUUCUUCCACACAAGGUGUUUGAAGGCAACCGUCCAACCAAUUCCAUCAUGUUCCAGAAACUAACACCGUUUACACUCGGUGUACUGAUUGCUAUGUAUGAACACAAGAUCUUCACUCAGGGAAUCAUAUGGAACAUCAACUCAUAUGACCAGUGGGGGGUGGAGCUCGGCAAGCAGCUUGCGAAGAUCAUCCAACCCGAGCUCAAAGACGCCAACCCAGUAUCCACGCACGACUGCUCAACCAAUGGCCUUAUCAACUUCAUCAAGACUCACAGGAAGUAAGAGAGGUACAAAGGUCAGAGGUCAUUGACCUGUCAGUAGUACUUAAUACCGAGUGCAAUGUGCUCUGAUAAAAAACUAAAACAGUUGAAGUUAAUAGACAGUAUUUACUUGGUGAAGGUUUUACAUGUGUGUAUGGUUACAUCUACAUGUAGAGUCGUUAGUAAACUUUAAGUCUCUUCCCAACAGGCAUGAUUUUGUCUUUUUUUUUCAAUUGAUGAUGUAUUAUUCAUCACACUUCACGUCAAGGUGUAUUUUCUUAG